AUGACGGGCCACUUCAAGUACGAAGAACUCGUGCAAAGCGAGGAGGAUAACUCAUCUGAUAUUUCCAAUCUUCAUCCUUGUGUUGUAAGCACGAAGUGGUGGCGCAUUCCAUUUCUUAGUUUCAUAGUAGGUGGUGCACUCCUCGCCGGAGCCACGGGCUUCAUGAUUGGCAAACACGUGCAACAACACUCUCUUGAUAUGGACUGGUUCUCGCCGCCUGAUGAUGUCCGCAUAACAUAUGAUUAUCAGAGGCAAUUUGCGGAUCGUCCUAAUAAUUCUACCCAAGAUCCAUGGACGGAAAUAAUGGCUCCUGCAAACGGUUUCAUUCAGCAUCCUUCUAUAUCUGCAGAGCUUCACGGCGUCUCAGUGUUCCAUCAACUCCAUUGUUUAAAUGCUAUACGACGAGCGUACUGGGCAGCCAUAGAUGGUAUUCCUAUUUCUCACGUAUCUAGGCCGGCUCAUGUGAGGCAUUGCAUUGAUUAUCUCCGACAAUCACUCAUGUGUCACGCAGAUACCAAUCUAGAGCCGGUCAUUAAGGAUCUCGGGGGAGUCACAGGUUUCGGAUCUGAGCACAAAUGUCGUGAUUUUGAGAAGGUCAAAGAGUGGGUAGGUGCGUGGGCACCAGUAAUAUCAGACGAUAGACAAUGA